AUGGCAGUUUCACAAUGGAUUGCGUUCAUUCUAUCAUUCCUAGCAACCAUGUACAACCACAACAUAGAAAUUGUGGAAGCUAAGAUGACACUUGACAUCGGUGUUAACUAUGGGACGUUGGGGGAUAACCUGCCUUCUCACGAAGAUGUGGUUCAGCUCUUCAAAGACAACCAUAUUAACAAGAUGAGGCUGUUCAAUCCUAAUCCGGAGGUACUUAAAGCGCUGAUGGGGCAAGGAAUCUCCAUAGUGCUAGGCAUUCCUAACGAAGACUUAGCCAGUUUGUCGGAAAGUCAAGAAGCUGUGGAUCAAUGGUUUGCUGUCAAUGUACAGCCCUACAUAGAUGACAUUGAAUUCAACUACAUUGCCGUUGGAAACGAGGUUAUACCAGGGGAAUUAGGCAGCUUUGUUUGGCAAGUAAUGCAGUAUCUACAGCACACCAUCGACGAAUACCACUACCAAAGCCUAAGGGUGACCACUGUUUUGCCAGCGACUGCCUUGGGAGUUUCAUAUCCACCUUCAGCCGGUCAGUUCAGCGGAGAGGCAGCCGGUAUCAUGGCUUCCAUUUGUCCCUUUUUGAAUUAUCAAGGGUCGCCCCUUAUGAUCAACGUGUAUCCUUACUUUGCCUAUGCGGCAAAAGCUUCCGAUAUUCCCUUAGACUACGCUCAAUUUACGGCAACAAAACCCGGGUUACAAGAUGGGAACUUGAGCUAUUACAACCUAUUUGAUGCCACAGUUGAUGCUUUUUUCUCAGCAAUAGAGAAAUCCGGGGGACCUGAUGUAGCCGUGGUGGUGUCUGAGAGUGGUUGGCCAUCUGCUGGGAACGGAGAUUUCACUGAUACAGAACUUGCCGGGACGUAUGUUAGAAAUUUCGUAAGACAUAUAACCUCCAACGUAGGAACACCGAAAAGACCCGGUGCUUACAUAGAAGGCUUCGUCUUUGCAAUGUUUAAUGAGAAUCAGAAACCUAGCGAAGAGGAGCAAAACUUCGGAAUAUUUUAUCCCAACAAGAAACCUGUGUAUCCUGUAUUUUAAGGAUUCAACAAAAACUUGUAUAUACGCAUUAAUAAAGUCACAUAUCCCAGUUUUUCUGUGAGCUUUCUACUCCAUUUCAUCUUGUAUUUUCAAGCUCUUAAGUCUAUAAAACAUUAACCAAUUAGCUUGUUCAGAAUUGAUCAUGUAAGAACAACUUCUGCUAAAAGAGCACGUACAAAUUUGUAUUAAAAGCCAAAGCAAUCCAUGCUAAAGCACUUGGAAUUGCUUCUUGAAGAAGCACAUCACAAAGUGCUUCCAUGACCUAGAAGCGCUUUUCAAUUUUUGGAAAAAAAUAGUCAAAAGAGCAAUCUCUCGUACUUUUUAGCCUUGUCAAAAGCAAUCAUAAACAAAAGCAAAAUCAUCUCAAAAUCAUGUAAACAACCACAUAACCUUAUUAUAUUAUUUGAACCAGAUCACUCAAUAUCCAAAUGGUAACCUUAAAAUAUUUGAACCAGAUAAUUCGACAUCCAAAUGGUACAAGUACAAUUUC